AUGUCCUCGCUUCAGUAGGGAGACACAGCGCUGUUCAAAUGCUUCAGAAAUACCCAGACUAGAAGGCAAAUAAGUAGCUCUUUGACACACCGUAUUGGACAUAAAUGGAUGGACAGAGAAACAUUGCAUUCAGAAUUCACUUGUCAACCGGUGAGACACAUCAGUGGAUAUAAUGGGCAACACAACACAUAAACCUUUAGUAGAUGUGACUCUGCAGCCCCGCCCUGUGGUGAGCAGGCAGUACUACACACCGCAGGGUGGCAACGGUGGGGGUGGCGAGGGUCCGGGGGUAAAGAGGCGGACGUCGGCCCCCCCAGUGAGCCUCGGUCUGGAGUCGCCCAGGUUCCACCCUCAGGCUAAGGGAAAGAACAUCAGGCUGGACGGUCAGCUGAGAAGAGCUACCAGGAAGAACAGCUUCUGCAAUGGCAUCACCUUCAGCCAACGUCCUAUUAGACUCUAUGAGAAGGUGUGUCUGCGUCUGUCCGGUGUUCACAACGGCUGGAGCGGCGCUCUGCGGUUCGGUUUCACUAGUCUGGACCCUAGCGAGCUCAACUGCUCCAACAUCCCAAAGUAUGCCUGUCCGGACCUGGUGACGCGGUCGGGUUACUGGGCCAAAGCCCUGCCGGAACGCCUGGCCGUUCGCGACAACAUCCUGUCCUUCUGGGCCGACAGACACGGCCGUGUGUUCUACAGCAUCAACGAGGGGGAACCCAUCCUCUUCCACUGUGGUCUGAGUGCAGGAUGUCCGCUCUGGGCCAUCAUAGACAUCUAUGGUCUCACCCAGGAGGUCACACUGCUAGAGAGCAAGUUUGCAGAGAGUGUUGGGUCCAGUUGUCUGUCUGCGGCCCAUCUCAGUGCCUACCUCCCUCAGAGCAGCCACGACUCCGCAAACUACAGCAACAACCAGCUAGAGAACAACCAGGCCGCCGCUAAGAUGGCUACGUUACAACUCAACAGCCAGGCCACCGCUAAUAUGGCUACGUUACAACUCAACAGCCAGGCCACCGCUAAUAUGGCUACGUUACAACUCAACAGCCAGGCCACCGCUAAUAUGGCUACGUUACAACUCAACAGCCAGGCCACCGCUAAUAUGGCUACGUUACAACUCAACAACCAGGCCACUGCUAUGAUGGCUACGUUACAACUCAACAACCAGGCCACCACUAAGAUAUCUACGUUACAACUCAACAACCAGGCCACUGCUAUGAUGGCUACGUUACAGCUCAACAACUACAGCUCAAAUACUCUCAACAACUACAGCCAGCUGAUCCCCUGCUGUACAACAUAUUCCUCCUCCACAACAUCAUCAUCAUCCGUCCCAUUCUCCGCCCCCCGGUUAGUCCGAGCCGGGCUCCCCUCACCGCUCGACACCGACCUCCACUUCCAUCCAGUCCGCGGCCCCGACGUCAUCCUGUCAGCUGACCGCACGGCAGUGUGUACCCACUUCCUUGAGUCUUCAAGGACGCUGGUGUUCUCAGAUCGCCCCCUAAGGGUCAGGGAGACGCUCUACGUCGAGGUCGGUCAUCUCGGCCUGCCCUACUUCGGGGCGCUCCUCUUCGGACUGACCUCCUGCGACCCAGGGUCCCUCCACGCUGGGGAACUUCCUGCCAACCCGGAGGUGCUGCUGGACAGGAAGGAGUACUGGGUGGUGUACCGCGGCUUUCCCAUGCCGUGCUCCGGGGACGUGCUGUCCUUCAGCCUGACACCCAGCGGUGAGGUGCAUCAUGGGGUCAAUGGGGCGGCCAGAGGGAGGCUGCUGUGUGUCGAUUCAUCACAAACACUCUGGGCCUUCUUUACCCUGCAUGGAGCGGUCAACAGACUCAGGAUACUGGGUACGCUCCAGUCCUCCCCCUCCUCCCCCUCCUCCCCCUCCUCCCAGAGCAGUAGUAGUGGUCCAGAUGACAGUGAUUCUGACCCGGCCUUCAGCGUCAACAGAUCCUCCUCUGAGUCCUCCCUGGUGACGGCCUCCAGCUCCCCUCUCAGCCCCCCUGUCUCCCCCCCCCUGUCUGCCCCGGAGCUGCCUGGUGGUAAAAACGGGGAGUGCACCGUCUGUUUCGACCAGGAAGUGGACACGGUCAUCUACACCUGCGGUCACAUGUGUCUUUGUAACGACUGUGGUCUAAAGCUGAAGAGACAGGUCAAUGCCUGUUGUCCUAUAUGCCGCAGACCCAUUAAAGACGUCAUCAAGACAUAUAGACCAUGAGGGGAAAGAGACUGGGACCUUACUGCAGGCAGGCUAGAGCAGGGGUAUUCAAAUACUGCUGGUUUUCUGUUCUACCUGAUAAUUAAUUGCACACCUGGUGUCCCAGGUCUACAUCAGUCCUUGCUUAGAGGGGAAGAAUUUUUAAAAAGCAGUGGAACUGGCUUUGAGGUCCAGAUUUAAAUUUGAGGGCUAUGGAGACAGACUGAACACUAUUGCAACAGGCCCAUCAAGGUCAUCAUCAAGACCUACCGUCCAUGAGAGGAGAAAAUACUGGGACCGGCAGGCAGGGCGCUGUCUCCACCCCAGACACGUCUCUUACCAAGCUGGACACUCUACACUACAGCAGGUCCAUCAAGGACCUCCCUCAUCAAGACAUAUUGACCCUGAUAGACACACUCCUGCUGUAGACAGAGACACACUGGACACAAUGCAGCAGGCAGGCAGGGCCCUGAAAGAGGAUAGGCAGGCAGGGCCCUGAAAGAGGAUAGGCAGGCAGGGCCCUGAAAGAGGAUAGAUAGGCAGGGCCCUGAAAGAGGAUAGGCAGGCAGGGCCCUGAAAGAGGAUAGGCAGGCAGGGCCCUGAAAGAGGAUAGGCAGGCAGGGCCCUGAAAGAGGAUAGGCAGGCAGGGCCCUGAAAGAGGAUAGGCAGGCAGGGCCCUGAAAGAGGAUAGGCAGACAGGGCCCUGAAAGAGGAUAGGCAGGCAGGGCCCUGAAAGAGGAUAGGCAGACAGGGCCCUGAAAGAGGAUAGACAGGCAGGGCCCUGAAAGAGGAUAGACAGGCAGGGCCCUGAAAGAGGAUAGAUAGGCAGGGCCCUGAAAGAGACAGACCAGACAAUGCUGCAGCCCUGGUGGGUGACAGAUAGACUGGACAUUACAGCAGUAGAGACAGACAGACAGGCUGGACAUUACAGCAGUAGAGAGAGACAGACAGG